AUGGGACCGAAACCUCCACCACCGCCGGGUCCUCCUCCGCCGCCUGGGCCGCCACCUCCGCCUGUGUUUGGAGGUGGCUCGAAGGGUGGUGGUGCUGAUGACAGAAAUGCCUUGUUGAGUUCGAUACGACAGGGAACAAAGUUGAAAAAGACUCAAACAGUGGACAAAAGUGGCCCUUAUAUACCAGGGAAAGUGUCAAAUGUGUCUAGUGGAGGAUCAGCAAGUGGGGGCAGUGCGCGGAGUGCUGCUCCACUGCAGAACGGUGGCGGUGGCGCCCCGCCUGGCUUGGGCGGGCUGUUCGCUGGAGGGAUGCCCAAACUGAGACCUACUGGAAAACUGGCAGGUUCCACACCAAAUGGCCAAGUCAAAACCGACGCGCCGCGGUUCCCGCCACCCCAACCGCACCAACCUCCACAAAGGUCUUCCCCAGACAAAGUACGACCGCCAUCAUCGACGAGCAACGUCGGGGCACUUUCAGCGGCAUUAUCAGAAGCUUUAGCAGGAAGAGAUAGAGAUUCGAGAGAAGUUCAUAGAGAGGUCCCAAGAGAGCCCCCUGCGAGACCCGCUGUUCGGAGACAGCCGAGCGAUAUAAGGACGAGAGGACCCCCGCCUCAACCGCCUAUACAACAAAAACCGGCGAUGCCAUUGAGUUCAUCAGAUUCGGUGCUGACAACGAACUCAGUGCUGGACCGCAUCAGCAGUCUUCAACAGCAGAACUCGGAACAAGUGAUUACUCCACAUGUCGCCUCCACGCUGCACAGGAAUAAGAGCUCGCUACAUGCGACUGGACAGGGCGCACUGGGUGGGAGUAUGACCUCCCUUUCAUCAUCAUCAUCACCGACUCCGGCACCAGCGUCUUCGCUUUCAACGUCGGAUCUUUGUGACAGACCUCGAGUUAGCCACGGGAAGCCCAACCUAGCACCCAAGCCCCCACAGUUAUCCCCGGCUCCCAAUAUUGACACUAGACCUUCGCCUCCGCCUAAGAAACUGAUUACUAACGGCAAAGUCGCUGGAAGAACUCAGAGUAUGAGGGUACCUAGAUCUCCACCGGCAUCGCCGUCAUCGCCACAAACAGCUGGUGGCCGGCCGUUCAACCUGCCACCAGCUCCUAUAAAUCCACCCAUCGGUACUAAGAACCCGGCUUCGCAUUUCGGUACACUGCGAGCGCCCCGCGGGCUCCGUCCGCCGGGCGUGUGUCCGCCGCCGCCGCCGGGCGCGCCGCCCCCUCCCCCCGGCGCGCCCCCCCCGCCGCCGCCCGCGCGCCACGCGCAGCAGCCGCCGCCGCCCCCGCCGCCACACCACCGACAAACUAGUAUGAACGGCGACGAGGGUAUAGCCCCACUACCACCAGUUCGUGGCUCGUCGAUGCGGUCUCUGGACCUGGAGGCUCGCUUUGCCGACUUGUUCCAGCACCCAUCGCGCUUCCCAGAGCCUGACCCCUUCAUGCGCAUCGCUAAAGGCUACAGCAGCGCCACCGUCGCCGUGAGCAAGGCGCAGGCGCCGCCGCCGCCGCUGUCCGUGCCGCUGGAGGGCUGGACGCGCACCUCCAGCGCCUGCUAG